AUGGAGUUGAGUUCAAGAGACACCAAAGAAAGAAUUCCAAUUCGAUUUCCAGAGGGAAUGCAAUAUGAAUCAAAAAAGGGAUCAGUUAAACUCAAUGGCAAGGUCCAACCAUUGCGUCAAUGCGCAGGCAUGCCUAAUAGGUAUACACUACCACCUUGGCUGCAAAGAUGUCUAGCACCGGAUACGGGACAAGAAUUAAUGGCUAAAUGGUAUGAGCAGAUUGAAAAUUCCGAGCAAAAGCGAUUAAAAGGUGUCAUUGCGCAUCAUUCUCAAGUAAAAGAUAGCUUCCUGGAUCAUCCUUUCAGCAUAGUUGCUGCUAUGGAGAAAGGAGCAUUGAAUCGAUAUAAUCGCAUUUGGCCAUUUGUUCUAUACGAAUAUACUAGAGUCAAGUUACGCAACAAGACAAACGAUUAUAUCAAUGCAAACUAUAUCCAAUACAGUGAUGUCGAUACAGUUUUAGCUUCUUCUUCUUCAAGCCAGGUGCCUACCCUACUUAGUUUGCAGGAGCAAAAUGACGCCUGCAGUACAAACAGACGCUAUCCAAGAUACAUAUCAACCCAGGGCCCACUGCCGGUUACCUUUGAUGAUUUUUGGACAGUUGUAUGGGAUGAAGGUUGUAGUGUCAUUGUCAUGCUUACAAAAGAAGAAGAGAUGAACAGAAUAAAAUGCCAUCGCUAUUGGCCAACAAAAGCAGAAAAGAUCAAGGUAUUUGACUCCAUUGCGGUCGAAUUUGUAUCAGAAAGGGAGUAUUUGCCUUCAUCGACAAUACGAUCACAACAUGAGCUCGAAGAUGAGGAUGGCAAGACUAUGGGGGUACCAGACGACCCAUUGGGUGCUCUGAAGCUCGUUGAAUUGGCUCAGAAAUCGCAAGCAAAACUCAAGCAGCAAAAAGAGCAGAAUGUUGAUGAUGGGCUAAUGAUAGUGCAUUGCUCAGCAGGAUGCGGACGAACAGGAGCCUUCUGUGCCAUUGACACUGUGAUCCAACGAUUGAGCAAUACAAAUCAUCUUACUAAAGAGGAGAGAACGGGAGAAAUAGAUCUAAUAUACCAAACUGUGUCGAAAUUUCGAGAGCAAAGGAUUUGUAUGGUUCAGACGUUAAGGCAGUUCAUCUUUGUUUAUGAGGCUAUUUUGUGGUGGAUUUUGGGCGUUGACAGUGCACAGCAGCAAUAA